AUGGGUCACGGACCGCCUCCGUUCGGAGGGCGUGCCGAGGCCUCCGGGCGUGCAGAAGCAUCGGCAACCUUCGCUUCUGUAGCAUCCAUGGGGUGUCCUGACCCUCGGCUUUUUCCUCCUGCGCCAGGCGCUCUGCAGGCGUCUGGGUCUCCCUCCUCUCUGUACGCAUCAGCUAACGAACGCUGCCAGCCGAUCCUUUCUCCACAGAGCCUCCUCCCGAUGACUGCUCCGUCUGUGGCCGAAGGUUUGUCCCCACCGCCUCUGGCCUUUGGAGCCGCACCCGCGACUGUCGCCGCUCCUCAGUUUCCCGCGUCUUUUCCCGACGCCGCUCCGUUCUACGCAUCGCCGCCUCCCAGCGCACCUGCUUUCUGUCCGCCUGUCACUCCGCAGCCCGUCGGCUUCCUGACCGCCAACGCCCCAGGUGUCUAUACACCCGGGCCGUCGGGUGCAUGCGUGCCUAGUGCAGGCGUCGCCGCGCCUGUGUGCACAGGAAAUCUUCUGCCCGUCCACUCGGAGGUUCCUGCGCCGCUGGGAACGGCUCCGCACGCGCCGUCCCUCUCGCUUCCUGCGUGCUCACCGUCGUUUUACCUGUUUCCCGCUGCCGACAAUGUUGUGGCCUUUGCGCUUCCGCCUGCAGCGCGAAGCCAUGCCGUGCCGCACGCAGAAGGCGUCUUGCCCGACCAGUCCGACCCCUUUCUCGCGCCCGAGAACGUCCCUUUCCCCCCGGGGUUCUCGCUGCCCGGCGCGCCAGCCGACCCGCGCUUUGCAACGGCCGGGAGGGAAGGCGAGGCAGAGACCCUGUCGGCGGCCCCGGCUGGGAAUCUGUCCGGCUUCGUUGGCUCUGGUCUCGCUGACGGUCACCAUCCUGUGGUUGAAACGUCGGGCCUGCCGGAGCAGAACGGGAAGCAUUUCGACCGUGUGGAAGACGCAGAUCGACGGCGCGGCGUCCCGCUCUCCGCUCCCUCUGAGGCGCCUCGUCCCCGGCUCCUCGGCCACACCAUUACAGCUUUUCCGCUUUUGAAAAAAAAGCGCUUCUUCUGCCCGGACGGCCGGUCUCCAGUGUCAGACAGCGGCGGCAGGGACGACUUCCGCAGGCAGUCGCAGCGGGCAUUGGAGAGGAUCGCCCGGAAAAUUCAGCGACGAGUCUUCCUCAUUGGAGGUGGAGAGCUCCCCGACCACGUGACGCGCGCCGCCGCCAGCUGCAUCCGCGCAGGAGCCGGGCCCGAGGUGUAUCUACAGCUCAUGGAAGAGGCGGCGCCUUCGCUCUCGGUUUGUCCGGACGUAUACGUCGGUUUCUCGCCUUCGGAUGCCACCGCCGCCACGGCGAGCGCCCUGGAGGCCUACCAUGCGGGUUCGCCUUCGUUUUCACCGUCUUCGUUUUCUCCGAGUACGCGAACUUCCUCUUCGUGCGGGGCGUUUGUGGACGCUCUUCGCCACGAGCUCUGCCGGCUCUCACGGCUUCCUCCGCAUGCGUGGGUGUGGCGGCGGGUGUCUCCUCGCCCCGCGUCUCCCUCGGGAUCGGCCUGCUCGUCUGACGAGCUCGAGUCCGCGCGAAGGCGUGGCGACGGAGACACGCGAAGAGGCGAAGAGCUCCGGGACGCCGCGGCGGUGUCUCCGGCCGUGGCAAGACUGGAAGACAGCUGCGGGGUGGACGGGCCGAGGCGAGGCGACUUGGAGCAGCGCAGGGCGAGGGACGCGCGGCAGCCGGGCGCGAGGUUUUUUCAUGCAUGCGCGGGCAUCACUGUGGGAGAGGAUGCAGCCGCCCUGGCGCUCUUUGGAGGCAAGGAGGAAGGCGGCAGCCUCGCCGACAAUCAGCUGUACCUCCUUGACGUCUCUCCAAUGCUGUGUCCGUCGCUGGCUCCCGGGUGCCUCCGGGCUCUUUCGGCGCGUGCGCAUUCCGCCGACUCGAACCGCAGCUUCCCCUCCUGUCCCGCUUCGCCCCCUGUCUCUCUCGGCUCCGAGCUUCACUGGGCUGCGCCUGCCUUCGUGGGGCCGCGGCCUGCGCCUCGCUUCGGCCAUUCGCUGGUCUUCUCGGACCCUCACCUGAUUCUCUUUGGCGGUGUCGACUCGGAGGGGCGUCUCUUAGGGGACACGUGGAUUGUUGAUCUGUUCGCUACGAGUUCGGCUCCUCUCGACCCGGCGUCGCCCUCCAGCUGCGCGUCUACCUUUUUUGCGAGUCGUCUGUUUUGGGUGAAACUCGAUUUUCCGUCUCCUUCGGCCUUUCCGUCUUCGCCGCCCCUGCAGCCCCUCCCGCGGUGCUUUCACACGGCGACGUGUUUCCGUCUCGCCUCCCGAACGGACGAGCGCGAAGAACCUUUCUCGCCAGACCGAGAAAGAAAGCGAAGCGACGAGGCAGUUGGCGAGGAGCCGAAGAGGGCGUCAGCGUCCAUGAUCGUCGCCGGCGGAUUCACUCAGUACAUCCUCCCGCGGCCGCGACUGUACAUCCUUCGGAGCAACGCGGAGAGAACGGACUGGAGUUGGACGAUUGCUCCGGUUCGCGUGAAGAGCUCCUUCGAUCAACGCUUCCUCCACGGUGCAGUCACAGUGGAGUCGACUCUGUUCCUUCUCGGAGGCCUGCGCACAGCAGACCGAGACAGCUCGACCGCCUCUCUGCUCACGUACAGCGCGCUGAGUCGUCGCUCUCUCGCCUUCCCUCAUGUCCUUCUCGCAGCCGACGCAGGCAGUCAGCCGCAGCAGUUUGCUCCCGGCACUUUUGGGCUCCAAGCCUGGGAGGUCGCCGGCGAGAUUUUUGCUCUCGGCGGCCUGUGCGUGGCUGCCGAUUCCUCCUCAACUUGCGCCGCCUUCUCCGCCAGCAGGUCCCACGGUGAAGAGCGAGGCGACGACACGGUCUCCAUGCGAGACGACUGUCCAAAGGGCGGCAUCGACGAAGCCCCGCUCUGCAAGAACGAAUACUCCAUGGUCUCCAGAGAAAGACGUGCAGGGCCCUUUCUCAUACGCCUCGACGCGUGCGACUACCUGUCGUCGUACGAAGCAGAUAUGCAGCGGCUCCAGCGCCUCCGCUUGCUGCAUGCGGAGGCAGGGGCGAACGUCGCGGUGCCGGAGCCCUACGAGCUCUCUCCUCAGGAGUCUUCGGACGAGGACGACGCGGGUGAGGACGAUCCGCAAACGGCCUGGCGAGUCUUUCGGGACGACACAGACGAGGACAGCGAUUCGCCUCGCGUCUCGGUGCGUCUCCCCGAGCCGAAAGACGACUGCGUGCCUUUGGGUGUAUGUACGGGCCACGGCACGCUCGAUGGCGGGCGCGGUCCGGGCGACGUGAUGCCGGUCUCGCCUCGUCACGCGUCAACCUGUGGCAGGGCAGAAUCCUCAGUGCCCAGCGUCGAUGACGGCUCGCCAUGGUCGCCUUCGGUGGCGCGUUCGUCCGCCCCUUCCUCGCCCUCUGUCUCCCCGGACGGUGGGGGCCCGCUGAGUGAGUCUCGGUCUCCUGCCCCGUCGCGAGAGCGAGACGCUCGGGCGUUCGAGCCUUCCUGCGACUCCUCGCCGCGGUCUCCGAGUGCCCAAGGCCGAGGCGAGCCUCCCCACGAGGAGUUGCAAAGAGGCGGAGCGAGCAUAGCUGCCAGUCAGGACGUGACCAUGCGCGAAGGACCGAGACUCGAGGGACGCGCCGACCUCUACGCGACCCCCGAGCGCCGGAAAGGCGCCUGUCGAACCUCGGACAGCCUCGGAUCCAACCUCGCUGCGGUGGCAACCCCGAACCUGGCCUCUGCGCGAAGCGGUCGCCAAACCUCCGGCUCUGUGUCGUCGCCUGGGACGCCGUCUUCUGUCUGUUCGGCGGCGUCGCCCGCCGCCGGACACGCCGGCUGGUCGCCCCGGCACGUGCAAAGCUCGCGCUCGCCGACAGGAAGUGCCUGCCGAGGAGACACCGUGGGAGACAGUGGAGACAGGUCUGUGGGGUCGCGGAGCGGAAGCCGGAGCGGCUGCUCCACACCGCGGUCUCCAGCGACCGGACAUGCCCAUCUGUUCUCUGACCAGAGUGAGGUUCCGCCUUUCGUCGCUCCGCCACCCAGGCCUCCGCGGCCUCGGCGCGCCGCCGCCCAACACGCUCUCGACUCCUUCCGGUCUCUGCCUGAUCGCGCUGAGAGACGUGCCCGCAGCGGCGACUCGCCAGAGCCUGCGGAGCCGGAGGGCGAGAAAGCCUGUGGGCAGGAGGCGGGCGAGCAGCAGGCGAAGAAGCCGCGGAUCGCCGGCGAGGCCCCGGAUGAUGGAGCGGAGUAG